GCGGACAAUGCGCAUCUCUCUGAGUUCGCCUUCUUCCUCUGCUUUCUGGAGCCCUUUUGGUGGACCUCGCCAUGAUCGGCACGCUGCUCGGAGUGCUGGGACUGGGAGCUGUCCUGAAGUGGUUGUUCACUCCGCUGCCGCUGGCGGUGCUGGCCUGCACCAUGGCCACCAUCUACUACUUGAUGACGAAGGACUACGGGUUCUGGAAGGCUCGUGGAGUGCCGGGUCCUACCCCAACGUUCCCCUACGGCAACGAGUUCGGGCGGCCAAUGACGGACUUGGCCGGAUUUGGUGAGUGGAUCUACAACACACAGGGCGGAAAGAAGUUUUGUGGUUAUGACGUGCUCAAAGCGGAAAUGAAGCGAACGGGAGGAGAGAUCGAAUUGAAAGACUGCUUCGGUCGUUUCACCAUGGACAACAUCGCCUCCUGUGCGUUCGGUGUCAACUGCAACUCAUUUAAAGAUCCGAACACAGAGUUCGCAAAUAAUGCCGCGAAGCUGUUCGAGGAACCAACGGGAUUCGCUGCGGUGAGACUUAUCUUGCUGGUACUGCUGGGUAACGCCGUGCAGAAGAUUCUGCCAGACCCUCUGAAGCCUGUUAACCGGUUCUUCUCAAGUGUCAUAAAACGCACGAUCAAUGAGCGUCAAACAAGCAACCAGCGCAAAGACUUCCUCCAGCUCCUUUUGGACACUAAAGACAAGAACGGCAAGCGAGUUCUGACCGACUCCAGCAUCAUUGCCCAAUCAGUGUUGCUCUUCAUCGUCGGCUACGACACGACGGCUACGCUGCUGAUGUUUGCUGCCUACUGCCUUGCUACUAACCCUAAGGUGCAGGAAGGCAUCCAUGCCGAGAUCGACGAGGUCCUAGAACGCCACGAAGGUCAGCUGACCUACGAGGCACUCGGAGAGAUGCAACAGCUUGACCGAGCCAUCUCGGAGACCCUGCGCCUCUAUCCGCCAGCUGCGCGCAUCGAGCGUCUUUCCAGCAAGGAGUACACGCUGCCGGAAACGAACGUCACCAUCCCCAAGGGAACCGUGGUGCAGAUGCCGAUCUUCACUCUACAUCGUGACCCGGACCACUACCCGGACCCGAUGCGCUUCGACCCGGACCGUUUCCUGCCGGAGGAGAAGGAGAAGCGCCACCCGUGCGCUUACAUCCCGUUCGGCAGCGGGCCGUGCAACUGCGUCGCCAUGAGGUUCGCCCUGUUCGAGGCCAAGGUGGCGCUGGCUGCGAUGCUGCGCGAGACGCGCUUGGAGCCCGGCCCGAACACGCCCAAGCCACCGAUGCCGCUCGACAAGAGAGCCUUCUUGCUGACACCGGAGGGAAAAACGGUCUUCCUGCGGGCGACUUCGCGUGACCAUGAAUCGGGAAAGUCAUGA